UACGGCGAUGACUACAAAAUAUCUAAGGCGUACGUGGAGACGCUGCUCACCUGGCCCGCGAUCAGAGCCACGGAUAUAGACGGGCUGGAAGACUUCGCUAUCAAACUGAGAGGCUGUUUGAAUGCUAUGGAAGACAUCAGCAGUCUAACUGAGGUAAACCACCCGAAGAACCUGCAGAAGAUUGUUGGCAAGCUGCCAGCCGCCCUUCAAGAGGGCUGGCGCCGGUUAGCCUUCUCUCUGACAAGACAGGACGCGAAGCCCAGCUUUCAAGAUGUCGUGGAGUUCGUGGAGAAGGAAGUGGAAGUGGCGGCCGAUCCCGUGUUUGGAACCGCUGAGAUGGCCGCUAUCUCCAGUGGAACGAAGUCAUCACCUGUAAACAGAAGAGAACAAGCUGUAAAAGUGAAGAAAUCGAAAAUUCAUGUGACGAAAACAACGGAAGAUGCAGCAAACGGCGAACUCUGUCCGUGUUGCAAGGAAGGUCACGACCUGGAAGCGUGCCAGAAGAUGCUGCAUAAAACUACCAGCGAGAGACUGGAGCUGGUCAAGAAAAGUGGCCUAUGCUUUGGAUGCCUCCGAUACGGGCACAGCUCUAGACAGUGUCGCAAAAGGAAGACAUGCUCGAAGUGCGGCUCUCGUCACCCAACUCUGCUUCACAUGGACUCAAGAAAUUCAGAAAAAGAAAGACCCGGUCCGCUGCCCGAGCCAAGAAGUGAAGUAUGCGGCGGAACGACGACGGACCGAGCCGGACCUGUCAUGUCCAUACUACCCGUGCUGGUCACGGGCCGGAACGGAAAAACAAGCAAAACGUACGCUUUUCUUGACAGUGGCAGCUCGGCGACAUUCAUCACCAACGCUCUCGCUGAGAAGUUGAAGCUAAAGGGAGAAGAAACGUCACUGGCGAUAACGACCGUGGAGCAAGACGAGCUAAAAAUCAGCAGCCAAGCCCUAACCGGACUUCAAGUAUCAAGCCUGGACGGGAGCGGCAGCGUAAAACUGCCGUGUACAUACACAAUCAAGAAGAUCCCUGUCACGAGCAGCGAUAUACCGGACGCAUCUGUCGUGCAGCAGUGGCCUCACCUCGCUGGCAUCAAGAUUCCGGUCGUGGAAGCAGAAGACGUCGGCCUGCUGAUCGGAUGUAACUGUCCUCUCGCCAUGGAGCCCUGGGACGUCGUACACUGCGAAGACGGCGGACCAUACGCCAUCAAGACCCGCCUCGGCUGGACCAGAAUGACGCAGAAGUGAAGCGACCUGCGAUAGUUUCGGUCACAAGCACCUCAGAGAAGAACCCCACAGACAGACUUCUACUGCAGUACUCAUCAUGGUACCGACUGAAGCGAGCGGUGGCGUUCUUCCUGCGGCUGAGACGCCUCCUGAAGGCCAAGGCAGAGCGGGCGCUCUCGGCUCUGCAGACGAGGACAGCAGCACACGACGGGAGCAGAUCGAGUGCCUCGAGUAGGGUAAGGGCGGGUAAGAGUACGCGGGCGAUAAGAGUACGCAUCAGCUGUUUCGGU